UUGUAGCUCAGUCGUUAUUAGAGCCGAGCCUUCGAAGUAUUGUCAUUGAAGUCAUCGCUAUUGUAGUCUUUGUCGCUGGAGCCGUUAUGAUCGGAGCAUUCAUCAUUGAAACCGCAGUAACUGCUUCUGUUUUUUUAUCUGAUGAUGUUGAAUAA